AUGAUAACUGGUAAACAUAAAAUAUCGUUUUUACAACGUACAAAAAAGAUAACAAAACAACGACAUUCAUCACAUAAUAACAUGCGUCGUUUAUCUAUUGAUAACUUUAAAAGUUUAUUAACGAUUCUACCAAAUUAUAUUAAAAUGUUUAAAAAAAUAUUCGUACGUCGACUGUCAAACAGUAUUCCUAAUCAAAGUGCAAUGAUACGCCAACUGUUAACCAAUACAGCAAUGUUCCAUUUUGUUCGACAUCGUGUUCAACUCGUGUGUAAUUUUUCUGUAUUGAAAAUCGAAGAAGAUUAUUGGAACUAUGUUGCUGAUGUAGCAAUGCCUACUGUACGAUGGUUAUCUCAAACAUCUAAAAAUAUAACGCAUCGAAACUUCAUUAACUGGGAUUAUCCUCGAACAGAAUACAACAUCAGACAUCGACAACGAAUUAUCGAUAAUAAAUUGAAACAAGUAGAGGCCAAUCUUAAGAUUCAUUUACAACAAAGACCUCAUUGUGAAGAACAAGGAAAUGCAACAUCUUUCGAUCAAACAAUGAAUAUGAUUGAUGAAGCACUUACUAUUCUAUUAAUGAAAGAUUUAGAAAAAUAUGUGGAAUAUUUUCAACACAAGAAACUCAUACUGAACUUCGAUCUUAAUGAAGUCUAUCUGGUCAAAUCAUUCUAUGAUUGCAAUCCAACUGAAGAACAGGUUUUGAAUAAUACUUAG